GUUUGGCUUUGGGAGGUUUGAGACGUUUCCCCUCCCGGAGGUAGGACAGGGUUGGGCCGGCGGGUCCGCGUCCUCCCCUUUUCUUGCAGUGGCUGCCAGACGGCUGCAGGCGGGCGGCACGAUGUGGCGGGCAGCAAAACGAUUUUGUGCAUUAAGCAAUGGACGGGCAAUUCUUGGCAGGAUACCUGGCCAAGAGACAUUUAAUAAUAGAACCAAGGGAACCUUCAAUAUAGAAGGAGAAGGCUCAUCUAUUCCUAUGACUGAUGUUCGGUAUAAACUUCUGGAGGUAGUAGGAGCAUCCUCACACUGGUGUGACCAUGUGAAAUCGAUGGAGGAGAGAAAGUUACUUCAUAGUCUGUUGCCCAAGAACCAGAAGGAGCUGCCCCCAAGGAGGAUGAAGGACAGUUACAUCGAAGCCAUUUUGCCUUUAGGAACUCAAACUCAGUUACGGGAGAAAUAUUUGACCGUAUACAAUAGUGUAAGAUUUGGCAGGAUUCUUGAGGAUCUUGACAGCUUAGGAGUUCUUAUUUGCUAUACUCACACCAAAAUAGAUUCCACCAAGAUAUCCCCUUUCUCUAUCGUGACAGCCUUGGUUGACAAAAUUGAUUUAUGUCAGAAUGUCAUAAGUCCAGAACGUGACAUUAAGUUCACUGGACACGUGAGUUGGGUUGGAAAGACAUCAAUGGAAGUCAAGAUGCACAUGAGUCAGUUACAGGAUACGGUUUACCAUCCCGUCCUGGAUGCAACAUUUGUAAUGGUGGCCCGUGAUCCUGAAAACAAAGGGCCAGCUUUUAUAAAUCCACUAGUCCCUGAAGGUCCAGAGGAAGAAGAACUCUUCAAGCAAGGAGAAUUGAAUAAGAGAAAGAGGGUUGCCUCCAGGACCGCAUCCUUAUUGAAGAUGGCUCCCACUGCAGAAGAAAGGAAUGCUAUUCAUGACUUGUUCCUUAACACGCUGGACCCAAGGACUAUAAGUUUUCAAAGUCGAGUUUUACCUCCUAAUUCAGUGUGGAUGGAAGACACAAAAUUGAAGAGCCUGCAUGUAUGCCAUCCUGAGAAACGGAACAUUUACAAUAGAAUCUUUGGAGGUUUCCUUAUGAGAAAAGCAUUUGAACUUGGUUGGGCUACUGCUUGUAAUUUUGGUGCUUCUAGACCUUUUCCAUUUACCGUGGAUGAUAUCAUGUUUCAGAGACCUGUUGAAAUUGGAUCACUGCUAUACUUUUCUUCCCAGGUUUGUUUUACUGAAAAGAAUUACAUUCAAGUUAGAGUACACAGUGUAGUAUCUUUUCCUGGCUCUAAAGAGUACAAGACUACCAAUGUCUUCCAUUUCACCUUUUUUGUUGAAAAAGAAGUGCCAUCGGUGGUUCCCAAAACUUAUGGAGAUUCCAUGUUAUAUUUAGAUGGUUAUCGACGUUUCAUGGCCACAAUGCAUCAAAAAAGCAGUGGAAAAAGUACUAUCCAGUGACACCCUAAAAAAUACCACUUUUUGGAAACUAAGGACGGGGGAGCAUAUGGUAUUUAAGGGGGGUAGGAAAAGAGUUGUGGGGACUGUAAAAGCAUUCUUCAUGGAGAAGGAUCACACCUGUAGGAACUGCCAGAAAGGGUUUUUUUUUAAAUUUUAUUAAAAAAAACCUCUUAAAAUAAUUAAAAUUAUGUUUAUAACCUAAUUUAGUACUAUAUUGCUUCCUGUUUCUUCUCUGCCAAAGAAGCAGGACAAGAUUUUUCUAAACACUUGUGAAACAUUCUUUUUCUGCCCAUAUAUUGUAUAUCAACUUUAAAGGUUCACUCAUCAUUUUACCAUUUGUUAAACCUUUGUUGCAUUGUCCUUGCUUUUUAUCUGAAAUUCUGUUAGGAUUUUACUCUUCUUCAGUGUUUCUCCUGUUCCCACCCCAGGCAGCUUGGCCCAGUGAAGGGCUUGGAAUUAGGAAUACCUGGAGUUCAGAUCUUGCCAUAGACAUUGACCAGCUCUGUGACUCUGGGCAAGUUACUUUACCUCUCUUUGGUCAGUUUCCUCAUCUCUAAAAUGGGGGUGAUUAAUAGCACCUGUUUCCAGGUUGUUGUUAGACUCAAAUGAGAUAAUGUGUGCAAAAUGCUUUGCAAAUCUUUAUAGUGCUAAAUAAAUGUUAGCUUGUAUUAUCAUCUUCCCCUUAAUUUUAUGACAUAUAUGGUGGAUGAUUAACAUAUUGUGGUUAGAGAAUGCUCCAAGAUGUAGUUUCUUGUUAGUGUUCUUGAAGAUUUGUAGGAAAUUAAAGAUAGAAUCUCCUUCCCUACUUCCACCAUUUGUAACUCCUUGUCCUGCAGGGCUCUGUUUAGUUGUCACCUUCUUCAUGAAGCCUUUCCAUGUUUUCCCAGCUAUUCCCACACCCAUAUCAAACACUAUAUUUAUUCUGUAUCUACUUCUUUGUAAACUCAUUCUAUUCUCUUAUUAAGAUAUAAGCGCUUUGAGCACGGAGGCUAUCUCAUUCCUGCAUCUUUUAUCCCUAGUGCCUGGUACCUGGGAUUUAACACGUGUUCGUUAAUUGUUGGAGCAGGCAAAGACCUCGGGUGCAGCCAGGGAGAGGAAGAUUUGGCAGUAGAACCGGUGUCUCCCAGCUCAGCCCCAGGGUUUUUCCCGCUACUCCACAUUGCCUUGAUUUUAAGUCUGAUGUGGCAGAUUUAGGUUAGGCCAGAUUGUGAAUCUCAAGACAGAAGAAACUCAUGUAAACCACAAAAUCCAAGCUGAGGCAGGGAUAAUUGAAGGUGGGCUGAUGUCCCCAGGAGGAGGAGGAGCGAUGGUACUUCGCUUGAGGUAUGUUGUAGCUGGAGAGGAUGUACCCAGGACAGAGUCAGUGAACUAAGAAGUGCCAUUACUCCUUUGAGCAUAGAGAAUAGUAUAGGCUGAUUUCUCAAUUGCAGAAAAACGUAGUGAAAAAAUGGAAAGAGGAGAGAAAAGUCUGGGAAGUUAAUUUGGGAUGAAUUGUGAGGGAGAGGACUGAGUAGAUUGGGAGAGCCGAGAGCCAAGAAAGGAAAAGUCUUGGGGGCCCAAGGAGACAAAGGGAAGAAUAGAAACAGUCUUGGAUGGUAUUUUAUAAUUUGGUUCCAAGGGAUGCUUUUCCAGUCUUAUUUCUUAAUACCCUCUCUUUAUCUACUCUAUGAUCUAUUCUGAUCAUGUCAAAAGGUUUUUGCAUUCAUUCAUUCAUCAAAUUUUGUUUUUGUUUUGUUUUUUUGGUUUUUUUUUUGCAGGGCAAUGAGGGUUAAGUGACUUGCCC